AUGGCUCCCUGGCUCGACAUCGACCCCUCGGUCUUCGACCCAGCCUCCAUAACCGAAGAAACCAAAGCCUUCAACAAGCGCUCCCAGGACAUCAUGGUCGGCGCCCCCAAAUGGUACGAGGUCGGCGCCCCCAAGUACCGGCAGAUGCGCGCCGCGGGAGAAACCCCCUUACCGGCCGCCACCCACCUGCCCACCGCCGAAGACACGACGAUUCCGUCCCGCGACGCAGGCCGCAGCAUCCCCUGCCGCGUCCUGCGGCCCCAGAACGGCAAGGCCGUCGCCGGCGUCUUCCUGCACAUCCACGGCGGCGGCUGGGUGCUGCAGGACCAGAAGUCGCAGGACCCGCCGCUGCAGCUGCUGGCCGACAACACGGGCCUGCUGUGCGUGAGCGUCGGCUACCGCCUGGCGCCGGAGCACCCGUUCCCCGCGGGCCCCAACGACUGCUACGACGCCGCGGAGCACCUGGUGCUGCACGCCAACGAACAAUUCGGCGCGCCGCUGAGUUUCGUGGGCGGCGAGUCCGCCGGCGGACACCUGGGCAUGCUGGUGGCGCUGCACCUGCUGCAGCACGCGGACGCGCGGUUCCACACCUUUUCGUUCAAGGGCCUGCUGCUGCAUUUCGGCGCCUUCACCUUCGACUGGCUGCCGCAGGUGUACAACUGGAACCGCGACCCCUGUCUGGUGCUGGAUCGGGAUCUCAUGAACCACUACCGCGACGCCUUCUUGCCCGGGUGGACGCCCGAGACGCUCAGGGACCCCCAGGUGAGUCCGCUGUACGCGGAUCUGGCGCCGUUGAGGGGGAGGUUGCCGGCGGCGCUGUUCACGUGCGGGACCGAGGAUUGUUUGUUGGACGAUACCGUGUUUAUGAGCAGUAAGUGGCGCAUGUAUGGUGGGGAGGCCGUGGUCAAGAUCGUGCCCGGCGUGCCGCAUGGGUUCAUCAUGUUCCCCAGGGAUGUCAAGGGGCCGAGGGCUGAUGAGGGAAUGGCUGAAGUGGAAGCUUUCAUUGCGCGCAAGUUGAAGGAGUGA